AUGCACAGCAAGGUUGUUAUCAUCGGCUCCGGGCCUGCUGCCCACACGGCUGCCGUCUACCUGGCCCGCGCCAACCUGAAGCCCGUCCUCUAUGAGGGCUUCAUGGCCAACGGCAUCGCGGCUGGCGGCCAGCUGACGACCACGACCGACGUCGAGAACUUCCCCGGCUUCCCCGACGGCGUCAUGGGCGGCGAGCUCAUGGACCGCAUGCGCAAGCAGUCGGAGCACUUUGGCACCGAGAUCAUCUCUGAGACCGUCAGCUCGCUCGACCUGUCCGUGCGUCCUUUCAAAUAUGCGACCGAGUGGUCCCCCGAGGAGUUCCACACGGCCGACGCCGUCAUUGUGGCGACGGGCGCGUCUGCGCGGCGCCUGGGCCUGCCCGGCGAGGAACAGUACUGGCAAAACGGUAUCUCCGCGUGUGCUGUGUGCGACGGCGCCGUUCCCAUCUUCCGCGAUAAGCACUUGGUUGUGAUUGGCGGUGGCGACUCGGCUGCCGAGGAGGCCAUGUUUUUGACCAAGUACGCAAGCCACGUGACGGUGCUGGUGCGCCGCGACAAGCUGCGGGCGAGCAACAUUAUGGCGAAGCGGUUACUGGCACACAAGAAGGUGACGGUGCGGUGGAACUCGGCGGGUGUCGAGGUCAAGGGCGACGACAGGGGUCUGAUGAGCGAACUGGUGAUCAAGGACACCAAGACCGGUGCGACGGAGACGCUGGCGGCCUCUGGCCUGUUCUAUGCCAUUGGCCACGACCCGGCGACGGCCCUCGUCAAGGGCCAGGUGGAGACGGACGACGAGGGCUAUAUUAAAACGACACCCGGCACGACGCUGACCAACAUUGCUGGCGUAUUUGCAGCUGGCGACGUGCAGGACAAGCGGUACCGGCAGGCGAUCACCAGCGCGGGUACCGGCUGCAUGGCGGCGCUUGAGGCAGAAAAAUACCUAGCUGAGCUCGAGGAUGAGGAGGAGACGGCGAAGAGCAGCCUGUAG